AUGCAACCUUCAGCCAAACAGCCCUCCUCUAUGGCCUACAGUCCCUACAAUGGAGACAGGCAAUCGGAAAGUACGACAGGCCAACCUCGCACAAGCCGCAUCACACCCUCCAUCACGUCCUCUCUCCCACCCUACUACGACGCCCGCCAACCCUCCCUCCGAGCACCCAGCACCCUCGUGGACACAGCCACCAGCUACCAAUCCUCCAUCGCGUCCACGACCCAAGCGGGGAGCAUCUACCGCGUGCCCAUCCUCCUCAACGACAGAAACAUCACGAACCACGUCUCCAUCUCGCGCCAAGCCAACCGUUCCCUACUCCGGCUGUUCCACCCCAGACCCAAAAGCAUCGAAACCUUCUUUAUCGAUCCGCAUCUCAAAGUCCCGGAUGGCAUUUUGCAGGCGUUCAAACCUUCUGCGGCGCGGGGAGAUAGUAACAAUGGCAGCCGCGAUCAGCAGGAAGAUAACGCAACCCAAGACCGAAGAACUGCUGGUCGGGUACAACAUCGCCAACGUGGAGAACGCAAAUGGAACGUCAGGCUGCAGUUGAUCGACGGGAGGAUGGGCGUGACGAUUUGUUUGGUGCCAGAUGAUGACCCCCUUUCCGCGUCGAGGCUGAGGAAAGUGGGUUCGGUGGUGUCGAUGCGCACCGCGAGCCGUCACGGAUCGCGCUUGGCCUCCGUCCAGCGCACAAAGCUAAUGGCAGAUCUGAUUUCGACGAAGAAAGCAACAUUCAAAGCGCACCCUUGUGUCAUCCGGAUAAACGCACCAGAACCCCGCCCACCAUUCCUCCUCCGCGCGCGGUGCAAAGCCUCACCACCCGACCUCCCUCCCGACGACACGAUCCCAAACCCACCCUUCCUCUCCUCCUCCCCAAUCACGCUCUACCUCCCCCGCUCGUUCCGCGGGCCACUAACCGUGCACGUCGCCACCGGAAAACUCGACCGGCACCUCUGGCUUUCCCCGGGUAUUACUUCUGUCUCGAGGGUGAUGGACGAGGACAUGCUGCGCAGGGGGUACUUUUUGGGUUAUGUACCCGAUGUGGAGGAGGAGAUUGAGGAUAUUAUUGAAGAGGGGGAGGAACUUCGGGAUGGGGAUGGUGUUGGGCCUGGAGAGGUUGGGUUCGGGCAAGGACAAGGACAAGGACAAGGCCAGAUGAGGCCGGUGCAUCACAGACGAGGGUCGUCCCGGAAUACAUCAUCCUCUACCGCGGGUGGUGGGUCAGCAGCUGGGGCUGCGGCGGAGGAGUGUCAAUGGCUCGGCGAUAAAGUCGAGUUGGACGUGGAAGAUGGGAUGAUCAGGAUCCUCUUCGAGGACGAGGCUUUGGAGGGUGUGUCCGCGAGGAGGAGCAGUUGUGGUUGGUUAUCUUUACUGUAG